UGAUCCAGACAAGAGGAUUUCAAUAAUGGCUGCGGAUAAAGCCAUCAUGCCCAAUAAUGAGUUUUUCGACGAUCCAGAAGAAGGUUCUGGGCUUGGAGGCACCACACUUCGAUCAGGCAAAUCAGCUUCACGAGAUGUUCAAAAUCACCGAGACCAACCAAAACGCGCACGCACGGAUGAAGAUGCCAGUUCAUCCACCACGAAAUCAAACAGUAAAGAAGGAAGUGGAUCUAAAAAGUCAGAUUCUACUAGUGACAAGCGUUCGGAGUCCAAAAGCGAUUUUGUAGAAAAAAUGGAGGUUGAUUUAUCUAAAAAAGCCAACGGUCUAAUAGAACCGGAGCGAGCUGCUAAUUAACUGGGUUUCUGUCACAUUGUUUGCUCUUAAUAAUUUUUGUAAAUGUCUUUGUCCCUGUUUUCUUUUAUACAAAUAAUCCCCCGUGAUUCACAUGAAUGUCAUGUUUAUGAUAUCCUGUGUUCAUUGUUUGUUUGACAUCUAACUAUAUGUAUUCUCUCUUCUUAUUUUCCGGAAUUGCCUGUCAUAUUGUACGCAUUUAUUCGACUUAAAUACUACUAAAUUGUACAGUUCCUGCAAAAGUAUACCAUUUGCUAUUCUAAUGUUCAGUGAAUUCAAUUUUCCUUAUAUGUUUUAUGAUAAAGGUAGGUAAUAAAAAUUUACAGUAUUC